UCACGACAACGCUGAUAUUCUCGCGGUACGUGAUUUGCAAGUGUAAGCGCGGGGGUGUUUUGACUCGUCUCGCGUCUUGUCAAGUUCUUUGCGGUCAAGGUUUUCUCAAUCACAGUCAACUCGAUGGCUGAUGAACGAACAGCAUCGACUAUGACCUGGUUGAACUCUGCUCUCCGCAAUCGUCAGAAGAGCACUACACUUAUCAAUCAAGUCCAAAUACGACAGUGGCAUUUCAUGAAUGCUGAAAACAACAAGAGCCCGCGGCCGAAACCAACCGUCAAGUUUCGUGACCUCGAUGAAACCAUUUUCGGCCAGGAAGUUGAUGAAAAUGAGAGCUCGGAUGCAGGUGACGCUUACGAGGAUUCAGAUGCAUGGCUUGAUGGUAGCGUGAAUCUCGUUGAUGAGGAUGACCCCGGAUAUCUGCGCUGCAGUAACCGGGUGUUCGUCGGUAGUGAAGAUGCUCGUUUAGACGGUCCCGAGCUCCUGGACCUUCUCUCCGACAAGCCGAUUGAGACGGAGGCUCAAGAUCGGUCACAAACACCUGGGCCAUCUUCACAAGCAGCUGGUGGUGGUCCUGUAGCCUGGAAGUUCAAUUUUUCUCAAAUUCUGUAGCACAAAAAUUACAAUAUAGCCGGUGUCAAUAACUCGUCAAAAACUAGUUAAAAACACGCGUCAAUAACUGGCCUGGGGAUGCCCAAUGUUAUAAACAUGUCCAAAACUCGGCGUGGAGUUUUU